GUAGUGUCAGAGGCACAGAAAAAUCAAAAGUUAUCGAGGCUAUUAAAGAAUACUUCGAUCUAAUAGAUCAAAAUCAUUCUCUUGCUAUUUGUGCGCUAACUGGUGUUGCCACUUUAAAUAUCAGCAGUUGUACUCUUCAUUCUCUGUGUGGAUUUGGGUUUGAUGAUGAUGCUAACGAUUAUAAAUAUAAAUUUUCUCAAGAAAUAUCAAAAAAAACACUUCAGGAAC